AUGGAGAAGUCGAGUAGCGAGGAUUCUUCGAUCCACCGGAGUCCAUCUUUGGACAGCAAGGACUCGGACUUUGCCAAGCCGUCCACCUCGGGCCGCCCGUUCGGCCGCGGCUUCACGGCCGGCGCUUUCUAUGGCACCGCGGGCUCCCGGGGACAGAGCCGCGCCGAGGCUGGCGUCAAGACUGACAAGUACAAUGCACCCAAAGGCAGCAAGUACGUGGUGUUUUACCUGGACCUGUCCUUUGUUUUUCUCCUAGAAUUUAAGAAGUGCAACAUGGCCAGGGGCUGCCUCUGCUGCUUGAAGUACAUGAUGUUCCUCUUCAAUCUGAUAUUCUGGCUCUGUGGCUGUGGGCUGCUUGGCGUGGGCAUUUGGCUCUCCGUGUCCCAAGGCAACUUUGCCACCUUCUCCCCCAGCUUCCCCUCGCUGUCUGCAGCCAACCUAGUCAUCGCCAUCGGCACCAUUGUCAUGGUGACAGGCUUCCUUGGCUGCCUGGGGGCCAUCAAGGAAAACAAGUGCCUCCUCCUCAGUUUUUUCAUCGUCCUGUUGAUCAUCCUCCUAGCAGAGCUGAUCUUGCUUAUUCUCUUCUUUGUCUACAUGGACAAGGUGAAUGAGAACGCCAGGAAGGACCUGAAAGAGGGUCUGCUGCUGUACAACACAGAGAACAACGUGGGGCUGAAAAACGCCUGGAACAUCAUCCAGGCCGAGAUGCGCUGCUGUGGUGUCACCGACUAUACGGACUGGUACCCAGUGCUGGGGGAGAACAUGGUUCCUGACCGCUGCUGCAUGGAGAACUCCCAGGGCUGCGGGCGCAACACCACCACCCCUCUGUGGAGAACGGGCUGCUAUGAAAAAGUGAAGAUGUGGUUUGAUGACAACAAGCACGUGCUCGGCACGGUGGGGAUGUGCAUCCUUAUCAUGCAGAUUCUGGGCAUGGCCUUCUCCAUGACCCUCUUCCAGCACAUCCACCGGACUGGUAAGAAGUACGACGCCUGAGCCGGCUGGCUGGGAACACCCUGGCCCGCCGACAUGGACACUGUGCCCGGGAAGAAGAUUUGAGCUUUGUAUCGCCUGCCCGCGCUCUCCAGACUGCUGACCCCUGCACCCACCUCCCCAGCCCGCCCGCCCCCAGCCCACCCCGCCUCAGCCUUCUUGGUGGGUGGAGGGCCAGGGAGGAGGAGGCGUGGAGGAGGCGCACACAGACCUUGGGGUGCUGGAGGCGCCUGGAUUCCCGCAUCUGUGUAUUUGCCAAAGAAGACAGGGCGGGCCGGGUUCGUGCUCCUGGAGCCCCCCAGCACGGAUGUGUUUCUGCCCCUGCCCUUCCUCACCCUGCCACUUUGUCCCCGUGGGGGUGGGGGGCAGAGAGCUCCCUGCUGGUGGAGAGACUGCGUAGUGGAGGCCACUGGCGUCCACGGCCACCCCCAGGGCGAGAGCUUGCAGGGGCGGGGUCUGACUGCCUCUGGGCGAGGCCCCUGGGAGCAUCUUGCCCAGGCCUUUUAUACCUUACAGUGUAACUUUUUUAUUUUAUUUUACUCUGAUUAUGAUUAUUCAGGAGUAUUAUCUCUCAGAUAAGUUUAGGGUUAGCUUUCUGAUUUGUAACUUUUUACUGUGUUGAUUUCUGUAAUGGUUUGAUUUUUUUUUUUUUUUUCCUUGAGGGUAGGGGACAGGUGGGGAGAGAGGAUGUCCAUCAGGUUUCAGUCAGGACAAACCGCUGUGCCACGCUCAGGAGGCCCUGUGGUGAGGCACGCGGGGGCCAGGCUCAGGAUGUGCUGAGCAGGAGGGACGGUGGGCGGGGCGGUGGGGGCCUGGCGUCAGUGUCCCAGGGGCCUGGGAGAGGCACAUGCGAGGAGGGGCAACCUGUGCAGGGUUGAGGCGUUUGCUGAUGCCAGCGCCUGUGGCCAGGGCAUUUAGGGGUCCUCUCGGGGGCUGGUGCAGUGCUUUACCAGGAACGUGGCCAGGGCUCUUGUGGGUCCUUAUUCUUCAUGGAUGAGCAGUCUUUCUUGUUUCCCUUCUUCCUUCCUCCUGCCCUCUGCUGGAGAGGGAGGCUCCCCCUUCCGCCCCAUGUGGGCAUUCCCGCGACAGGUUCUGCAAACCCCGGUUACUUUCACAGACAUUCCUGCUAGAAACUCUCGGACAAAUACCUCUCUAGUUCAAAUGCUGCUCACUUUCUCACAUUGCUUCUGGAAGGGGAAGCGGUCCUUAUGUUUUGCUGCUCAGACAGGGGCAGAGGACCCUUGACCAUCAGAAGGGGAAGGCAGAGCUGGGGCCCUCGAUCAUUCCAGCCACAUUCACUGGGCAGCAGAGUCCCUGCUGAAGGGGUAGGGGGAAGAUGGCCAUGGGGCCCCAGGACCCCCAUUCUCUUCCUUGGAGUUCACUGAUGGCAGAGUGGUGGUAGUCAUGUCCUCCAGGGCCCCCGGGAGAAGCCCAGAGAAGUCAUACUGGGUCUUGCUACAGCUGUAGGAGGAAGCAAACAGCCUGAGCUGAACAGGCAGGGUAGGGGGUCUGAUUGCCACUGGGGCCCCCAUAGGACUUAACGCUGGCCUGAGGGAGUGUUUUGUAGUUUUGAAAAAAAUAAAGUCAAGAAUUCACACAACAGAGCUCAAAAAGGCUGUCCACUAGCCAGCUAGGGUUGGCGGCCUUCCUGGAUGGGGCCUCGAGUGGGGCAGCUGCCUCUUUCCUGCACCAUUUGGUUCGGUCCCUCAAUUUCCCACCAAACCCACGUCUCCUCUCCAACCUCCACCUGUCUUUUCCAAAAGCUGAGGCCUGCCCCCGCCCCCCCCCACCUCCCGCAGCCAGCAACGCCUCCACUCGCCUAAGUAAAAUGCAAUCAGGACCAGAAGUACAGAACUUUUGGUGUGUUCAGGAUUCCGGAUUUUGGGGGUUGGGGUGCGGAGAGUAAGGUGGUCUCAAUGAGUCAGGCAGAGUAAAGACCACCCCCCCCCACCCCGAGACAGGCGCAGAGGUGUCCCUGGGGAAGGUAGGGAGGUGGGUCCUUGGGUGGAGGAUGGGGCAAGCACACAUGUGAGCCCGACUGCCUCCCAGGUCUUCCGGUGCUGCCAUGUUCCUGGUUAGGAGACACAGCUGUAACCCUGGGGCCUCCCUGCCGCAGGGCUCAGGGCAGACAUGCCACCACGCCACCGCGGACCGGACAGACUGGCAAACAAGCCCCGGAGUCGCUGGGUGGGACGCGGUGCAUAAGGACUGUGUGCUUGGGGGUGGGGUGGGACGGGGUCGGUUCGUUCAUGCCUAUCAGUGCAAUUUCAGUUUUUGUUCAAAUCCACAGCAAAAUCCUAACACCUGCGUGCAGGGAAGGUGUAUAGCCUCCCGGGCAAUCUUACGUUUCUGGAGCUUCAGGGUUGUCCUCUGGCCCCAGAGCCUUGGCUGUAGUCCCCUUCUCCCCUCCAGUGCCCCUUCCCACCCCUCACCUGUCUGUCUUCUUCAUCCAGAGUCCCCAGACUGCCUUUCAGCCUCACCCCAUGUGGGGCUGUGUAGGCAUUCAACUAAGUCGCCGCUGGCUGGAAGGCACGAGUCUCGAGGGGUGCUCUCCCAAGCCCCCGGUCCUUCCCGCAGGGUGGGACACAGCCCACGGAAGGCAACGUUGCAUGAUGUCUGUGUGGUGGCCUUCUCCGUUUCUCCCGACUGUGAUCUCGUUGGGGCAGGGUUCCCUGAACGAACCCUCUCACUUGGGGGUUCCCUUGCCAAAGUCCAAGUGAGUUCAGUCAGCUCUGAUGCAGGCAGGUUACAGAUUCGACAGAAGGUCAAGGUUCUAUAGCCAGCUUCAAGGGAGUGCGGGCCAGAAACUAGGCCUUUUCCUGCAGCCAUCUUCCAGAGGACGUGGGCGAACAGGGACUGAGAAUUACCCUUGGGGGUUGCUGGCGCAGGUGUCGGGGGCCCGUCUCCACCUCCACGCCCCAGCUGGAGCAUAGUCACCCCCUCUCUCCACCAGCAUGGGCCUGCAUCUGGGGCUUUCACCCCAGGGAGGUGGCUGACCCCACCCCAGACCCCCACACGGAUGUUAUGGUGUCACGUGGACCCAGGUGGCCAUCCCUCCUUGCUUUGGUGGCCCCAAAGCAGUCCAGGUGGCUGGAAAUGACUGUCUCCGCCUCUGCAGCCCCCUGCCCACCCACACUGGUGGAGGUGCUAGCUAGCAGGGCCCUGGUGUAGGGCGGGAGCUGGGUGCCUGGAGCCCCCCUUUGUCCCUCCACCCUCCCGCAUCCGGCUUCCCAGGGCCCUGGCCUCCCAUCUCGCUCCUGUGCACCUCCAUGAAGCCUGGUCCCUUCCGGGCCCCUGAGGGCUAGAGCUGGGGGCUCACGCCCACAGGGGAGCAGGGAGCGUGGGGAGCUGGAGGGAGGGAGAGCCGGCCCAGCUCGCUUGCUGGGUUCAGAUGCACUUUCCUGCUUGAGAUGCCCUAUCUGUGCGCUCCCUUCAUCCUGGUCCUGGCUUUCUUGAACACCAUGUUUUUAGCAUGUUUUUAAAUAAAAACUGA